AUGACGACUUAUGUUGUGUACAGUCUAGACAGCGCAAUCAGGAAUUUCUUCUCCACCAACACUACCGUGACAAGGCAGCAAUGUGAUGACUUUGCUGUUUCUCGCGCGGGUGGUGUUUCCACUGCCCUGCAAAUGCAGGGAGUAUGUAGCUAUACCGUGACGGCGGGGCCUGAGAAGUCCAGGCUCUUCCAGUUUCGAGAUGAGGACUCACCGAUCGACAUACACAAUAUCAGACUUGCUAGGGUGAUUCAUUCCGAGUUUGUGUUUGCCUGCGAGUAUCUCGGGACUAUCGGGGAAUCGCGGCCGCUCUAUGUCUACGAGAUGGAGAAUCUUCCUGGGACUGCAUAUAUAAUGGCACGUAUCUCACCAGAUGACAUGUCUCGACAACGUGCUACUAUCAAAGACUUGGCAAGAUUUUUUGCACAGGCAUGGAAUCACGCUCAACGACCAAGCUCAGAUAGAACUGCUAUCUUGCUUGCAGAAUUUCAAUCGUCUUUUGAGCUUCUCGCGCGAGAUCUACCGUCUCGCUUCGCAUCAAACCUGGAAAAGGUUCGUAAUGAUCUUCCGUCUCUCUUCUCAAACGAGUCUAUCCCUUUUGUUCUCAGUCACGGGGACCUCAACGAGAUGAAUCUCCUUGUGAACCCCGCGACUGGAAAUAUCACUGGGAUUGUGGACUGGACUGAAGCAGGAAUACUGCCAUUUGGCUUUGCACUGUACGGGCUUGAGAAUCUUUUGGGCCGAAUGGACUCAGGAGGAUGGCACUACUACGCUCACCACCGCGAACUCGAAGGUCUCUUUUGGCAAAUACUUCGAGAGGAAGCUCGUGAUUCCCUCGAGACUGACAUGCAUUUUAUCCGUAUUGCGAGAAUGGCUGGGUUGUUCUCCCGGUACGGCUUUCAUUUUGACGCCAGGGGUGCGGUGCAACGUGUGCGGAUGGAGCCGGAGGAUUCGCUUGCAUAUCUUGAUGCUUUCUGCGCGGGUGAAUGGUUAGGCUAG